CUGAAGAGGCUGCCAAGAUGCCACAGUCCAAGUCCCAGAAGAUCGCGAUCCUGGGCUACUGGUCUGUGGGGAAAUCUUCAUUGACAAUUCAAUUUGUUGAAGGCCAAUUUGUUGACACCUACGAUCCAACCAUAGAAAACACUUUUACAAAGUUGAUCACAUUGAUCACAGUAAAUGGACAAGAAUAUCAUCUUCAACUUGUAGACACAGCUGGGCAAGAUGAAUAUUCCAUCUUUCCUCAGACAUACUCCAUAGACAUUAAUGGUUAUAUUUUUGUGUAUUCUGUUACAUCAAUCAAAAGUUUUGAAGUGAUUAAAGUCAUCCAUGGCAAAUUGUUGGAUAUGGUGGGGAAAGUACAGAUACUUAUGUUGGUUGGAAAUAAGAAAGACCUGCAUAUGGAAAGGGUGAUCAGUUAUGAAGAAGGGAAAGCUUUGGCAGAAUCUUGGAACACAGCUUUUUUGGAAUCCUCUGCUAAAGAAAAUCGGACUGCUAUUGAUGUCUUUAGAAGGAUAAUUUUGGAGGCAGAAAAAAUUGAUGGGGCAGCUUCACAAGGAAAGUCUUCGUGCUCGGUGAUGUAAUUCUCUGCAAAAUCUGAGGACACUGGGAAUAUAUUCUACCUGAAGAAGCAAACUGCCCGUUAUCCUUUAAGAUAAACUAUGCUUCUUUUUUCUCCUGUUAACCUGAAAGAUAUCAUUUGGGUCAGAACUUCCUUCCCUUCAGAUUAUGUUAAACUCUGACUUUGUACAAAUGAGUUCACUUCCAUUUUCAAAUUUU